AUGUUACAUAUUAUGACUGCGAUAGAAGUGUUGUAUGAGAUGAGAAUUAUGUAGUUUCCUUUAUAAAAAUAUUAUGUUUAAAUUAUGCGCGAAGAUGGUUGUCGGUAAGGGACAUCUAGCGAGGAAUUCAAAUACAUGUACAGUAGAUAAUUGUCUUGUUCGCUUACAAUUUCUUGUGUGUUUAAAUCUGGUUAAACAUGUCCAACUAAAAAUAGUGCUUCACGAGCCGUGAAUGAAAUGACAGGGAGAGUGUAUCGUACAUAUUGAGUAAUCCGAGAUUUAAGAAUGAAUGAUUUAUGAUUUCGUAAGUCGGGCCAGUGCAACGACAAGUAUUUACGUAUUGAUAAACAUUGAUUGACGAUAAAGUGUGAUAAUUGAAGAAACGUUACUAAUUUAAUUAGAAAAUGAAGGGGAUUUUAAUUUUCGAUCAUCUCAAUGAUGUUCUUUUUACGAAGUGCAAUAAAAAAUUUGCAAAUCAUGUACAAAAGUUAGCUAAGAUGCAAGGAUUAGUUUCAGAAAAUAAGGAUACAAGUGAUACAGACACAAAACUUAAUCCAAAUAUAAUAAUGCAAUUAUUUUCACCUAUUGUUACAUCUCAACAUGUAAUGGCUUCUCAGUUUGGUAAUUCUUAUACCUCAAUGAAAUGCCAUGAUGGUACCAAUAUGGUAUUUGAUGAAUUUAUGGGAUAUACUUUUAUUUAUAUUUCUUUAGAAGAAAUAGAAUUAAUGAAAAGGACUUUAGGUGUCUGUGUCGCAAUUGUUAAGCAUGUCUGUGGACCAGAUGUUGGAAUACUAAAAACAAGCAGACACAAAGUAUGCUUAGUGUCUUCUUUAUUAGAUGCAUGGGUGCAUCUAAGAGACUGUGAACAAAGUAUGCUCACAGAAGCAAUAGAACAAUUAUCAAUAAAUACUGACUUAGGUGUAUCAAUAUUAAAAGUAUUGCAUGAUGCUUGUGAUAAAUUGAAGGCUCAAUCUGAAUUUUCUAAUGUCCAUAUCUUAAUUUUGGUGGAACAAAAGUUUUUGUCAUUAUAUUCAAGUAAAAAUGCUCAUGAUUUAUAUGCUUCUGAUAUAUUAAUAAUGAUGCUUAUGUGUUGGGUUGUAAAUCAAAAAAGAAAAGCUGGUUAUCAAACUGGAUUAAAUAGCAAUUCAGAUGAAGACCGUAAUGAUAUUCUUUUGCCUGACAACAGUUCUUCCAAAGAAGAACAAAUCACUUUUGGAGCAAAACUUGCAAAUCCUACAUCAGAGGAUAUUACAAACUUAUUUAGAGGAUCCAGAGAAUCUUCCAUUAAUGAAGGUUUACAUUCCUUAAUGGAUGAUGAUUUGUAUAGCAAUCUACUUUUACUUGGAUCUGAACAUGAUUACAUUGCUAAUGCAGUUCAUAUUUUUGAAUUAGCUGAGGGCAUUAAUCUCGUCAUGAUAGUAGAAGUAACUAAUUUGGCUACAUCAUCAGGAUUAUACGAUAGUUUCCAUUAUUUGAACAUUAUAAAUGGUUUGCAACUUCAAAGGGACAUAGAUGAAUUAAGACCAGCGUUUGAAAAUUUUGACUUGGCAAUGAAGAAGGCAUUAGAUGGAAUCAAGAAAAAUAGAGCCAAUAUUAGUAAUGACGUUGAUAUGUGUCAGAGAAGGUUACAAGUAAAAUGGGAGUUUGUUAGGAAAAAAUAUAUGGAUCUUUUAAAAUCCAGAGAUCCAGAAUCUGUUCUUCAAAUUGAAUCUAAUACUUCUGGAUUCACAGAUAAUUUAAAAGAAUUAUACAGAUUAACAUGCUUAGAAAAAAACUUUUUAAAACAAGGCAUUGAUGUACUUACAACUGUAGGCAGAUUGGUUCGCCAAAAGUUAAAUGACUUUAGUGACUUCUUAAAAGUGAAAGCACUGAAGAACUUCACGCUUGGAUCGAGAACUUCCCUAACCAUCAAUAAAUAUCUAGAAGAGUUUCCAGGCCUUGUACAUUUCAUAUACAUAGACAGAACUACUCACAGACUAACAGCUCCAACAUUGGACUUCACAAAUCCUGAAACUCUUGUUCUCACAACAAAGAAGAUUUGGAAUAUGGUGAAACAAAGUAGAAUGCAUUUAGAAGAAGGACACUUAUCAGUUAUGUGGAAAGAUACAACAUUCAAUUAUGCUUACUUUUUAUGGUUUGAGGACAGUUCUGGUUCACCAUUAAAAUGUAAAGUUUAUUUAAAUCACGUAAUGAAAAAUUUCCCGGUGCCAGGUAUAUUUUGCGGAGAUUAUUACAGAAAAUUAGCUGAAACGUGUUUUCCUAAAUUAUCCGCGAAUAAAAUCCGAAUCUAUGAACUUUACUGCGUCCACCUUGGUCUGGCCACAUCAUCAUGCGUUUUAGAACAUUCCAGAAGACUCGCGGCUACAAUAUGGGAAGUCACGGGUGUUCCAAAUAAUCCUGCCGAUAUACUUUAACAACAUUCCACUUGCAGUAUUUCUGUACAAAACAAAACCCUACGACGGUUUCCGAUAACGUGAAUACUUUACACUACAAUUAAUAUUUAAACAAAACUAUUUAAAAAGACUCUUAAUUAUUUAUAAAGUAUUUAACCACACGUAUUAAUUUGAUAUUUAUAAAACAUAGUAAUGCAAAACGUCUGUAUUUAUUUUAUACAUUAAAUA